AUGGGAACGGGAACAGGACAGAGGGAACGGGAACGGGACAGAGAGAACGGGACAGAGGGAACGGGACAGAGGGAACGGGACAGAGGGAACGGGACAGAGGGAACUGGAUGCAGAGACGGGAUACGGGCGCGGGACAGCGGGAAUGGGACACAGGGACAGGGACACGGGACACCGGCAGCAGGGCAAGCGAGCACUGAGAGCGGCACCGGGAACGGCUCCAGCAGGCACCGGGAGCCGGGACAGCGACACGGACAGCGGCCACCGGGACCCCCGGGACACCCGGGACCACCGGGACCCCCGGGACCACCGGGACCACCGGGACACCCGGGACACCCGGGACACCCGGGACCACCGGGACCUCCGGGGCCACCGGGACCCGCGGGACCACCGGGACCACCGGGACCUCCGGGACCCCCGGGACCCGCGGGACCACCGGGACCCCCGGGACCUCCGGGACCACCGGGACCUCCGGGACCCCCGGGACCCGCGGGACCACCGGGACCACCGGGACCUCCGGGACCACCGGGACCUCCGGGACCCCCGGGACCCGCGGGACCACCGGGACCACCGGGACCCCCGGGACCACCGGGACCUCCGGGGCCACCGGGACCCGCGGGACCUCCGGGACCACCGGGACACCCGGGACCCCCGGGACCUCCGGGACCCGCGGGACCACCGGGACCACCGGGACCUCCGGGACCACCGGGACACCCGGGACCACCGGGACCUCCGGGACACCCGGGACCCCCGGGACCCCCGGGACCACCGGGACCGCCCGCCCGGUGGUGUCCCUGUCCCCGCAUCCCCAUCCCAGUCCCGGUGGUGUCCCAUGUCUCUUAA